AUGGUUAAACAACUUCGUAUUCAUUACGGUGACAGCUUUCCAACACCUGUAAGAAAAUUCCUAAUUCCCUUUAUUACCGCGAAUCUGGCUGAUGCGGUGGUUCGUGUCGUCAAGAUUAUGGAAGACUUGGGGGAUGGUAUAGCAGAUCCUUAUGUUCAACCUAGUAUUCCUCCUACUAGCACCACUGACACUCCACUUCACAUCAAACUCUCAAAAAGUUUGACAGUGAAGGAAAUUCAAUCCCUUCUUGGUUCUCUACAUCCUGAGGUUGACUGGGCCGAGGUAAUUCAAACGGAGGUUUUUAAUAAAGCACCAGUUGGAGCGAACCAGAAGGAGGUACUAGCCGCGUGGCUGGAAAACGCCUUCAAAACGGGCAAACUCCAUCCAGCUAAAGUGAUGGCAGCCCUACAAGAGCGUGUACGCAACCCUCAUAUUCGAAAGCUGCCGGCAAAUAUUGCAGCACAGCUUCCGCCACCGAAUGAGACUCCACCAACGCCGCCAUCUACCUCUGCACCGGAUUUGGAUAGCAACAUUCUCACGGACACCGAUGACUGGUCCUCGAAUACAUCUUUUCAGUCAGAGAAGAAAUCACUGAGUGAGGAUGAUGCUGGUUUGCACAUGGACGCGCCGACUGAGGAGAAGCUGGCAUUUGAAGAUAGGGAGGUGAAACCGCGGCCUUCGUUGACCAAUGUAUUAGUGGAUAAGAAGGAGAGUUUGGUGCAAAACUUUCAAGAUUUUAACGUUGUUUCUUUGAGUGGCAGAAUGCUAAAGUUGAUCAUUGAUCGUCCGGAGUUCCAAGCAGUACUUGCCAAGGAGACGAAAAUUCACUUGGAACUGUCAACUUCCCAAAUAUACUUUAUCAAUAAUGUCGACAGAUUUAUACAAAAUGACUACGUACCGACACUACGUGAUAUUCUGCUUGUUCAAAUGCCUUGCAAUGCCGUUCGAGAAUCUCUCCUCCAAAUCGGGUCCACUUCAUUAAGGUUAGUUAACGUAGGUGAUCAGCGCGGAGAUCGUCGGAAGUGGAUUUCCCUAUUCGAGACCGUGCACGCAGUCCUUUUCUUUGCGUCUUUAAUUGAUUUUCUAGAAAGAAGUCAACUUCCCGAAUUCAAGACAAAACUAGAUGAAAGUCUGGAGUACUUUUGGUUUAUUAUGGAAUCUCUACCCCUAUCACGAAAAGACUCCGUUCUCUUUCUCACAAAAAAGGACAUUCUUCCAGUACUUCAAUCAAACGAAAAGAUCACUGUAGCCUCAAACUAUCCAGAGCUUCAAGAAUUUAAAGAUCCAGAAACGUGCAUUGCUACACAGCGCAAUCUAUAUCUGUCCAAGCACAAGGAAAGGGGUCAAAAAACGGGUCGUGUUUUUAUCCACUCAGUGUGCCUUCUUGAUAUUGAUGAAAUGAAGGCCAAGUCUAGAAGCGCCCUCAAAGGUGUGCUCGAUUCAAACUUCCGACGCCAUGCGAUGUUUUAG